GGUAAGAAACCAAUAGGGAUAUCCCACAAGGAGAGCUUCCCAGUUGGAUCAGUCUUCUCCUCUCAACUCCAGGCCUUGCUAUACUUUUGAGGGAUCAAUAUUGAAGUCCGACUGAAAUCUUUCUGUGUUCAACCACUAUUUAGAUGUCGCCUCUUAUUGUCCAACAGAUACCCACUGAAUAAAUCUUCUGAAGAAAACUCUGUGACACUUCUCCUAGAGUUGCAGUAUUUCCAAAAGGAUUUCAAGGCACACAGCUAUAAAAGCAACAAGGAAAUAAUUGAGCAUAAAAACCCACAAGCCAUCAUCCUGUAGAAUCAAAGGAGAAAGAAACAUUGCAUUGUAAAGAUAGUGGUUUAGAAAAUAGAACAACAAAAGACUGGGAACCAGAAAUGUUGUGUUCUUUGAGUUGUUCAUAUUUGUGAAAUUCUCACUUAAUAUAUGAAUUCUGACUGAAUAUUCAGAUCUCAUACAUUCAUUUUGCAGUGGUAUGGAACGUGCAAAGAGCUUACGUCGGAAAACUAUUCUUCCUAUACAUCAAGAAACUCACACAGAGGAGAAACCAUAUAAAUGCACAGAAUGUGGAAAGAGUUUCUCUUAUAAAAAGAAACUUAAUUUACAUCAAAGAACACACACAGGGGAGAAACCAUAUAAAUGCACAGAAUGUGAAAAGAGCUUCUCUAACGCUCGAGGUCUGCGUAUCCAUAAAAGAACCCACACAGGGGAGAAACCAUAUAAAUGCACAGAAUGUGAAAAGAGCUUCUCUAACGCUGGAGGUCUGCGUAUCCAUAAAAGAACCCACACAGGGGAGAAACCAUAUAAAUGCACAGAAUGUGAAAAGAGCUUCUCUAACGCUGGAGGUCUGCGUAUCCAUAAAAGAACCCACACAGGGGAGAAACCAUAUAAAUGCACAGAAUGUGAAAAGAGCUUCUCUAACGCUGGAGGUCUGCGUAUCCAUAAAAGAACCCACACAGGGGAGAAACCAUAUAAAUGCACAGAAUGUGAAAAGAGCUUCUCUAACGCUGGAGGUCUGCGUAACCAUCAAAGAACCCACACAGGAGAGAAGCCACAUAAAUGCAUGGAAUGUGGAAAGAGCUUCAGUCACAGUGCGGGUCUGCAUACUCAUCAAAGGAUCCACACAGGGGAGAAACUACAUAAAUGCAUCGAAUGUGGAGACAACUUCUCUACCAGUACAGGUCUGCAUAACCAUCAAAGAACCCACACAGGGGAGAAACCAUAUAAAUGUAGAAUGUGGAAAGAGCUUUAAAUACUCUAACAAGAUGAGUGACCAUCUAAAGACCCACACAGGGGAGAGACCACAUAAAUGCAUGGAAUGUGGGAAGAGCU